UCCUGUCGAUAAUCGACAUGUCUAUAAGUUAGAUAGAAAAGCAAAUGAUUUGGUCUAUAUAUGGUUAAGUACACACACAACACGAGUCUUAGAAUUUUGUGGUGAAUGAGAGAGUCAACAUUAAUGGAGAUAGUCAGAAGAAGAAGAACUAUCUCCUUCUCCUUCUCCUUCUCCUUCAUCUUCUUAAUUCUCUUCUCUUUUAACGUUAUCUUUCUCGUCGGAGCGAAAAAAUCUCACGACGGUGAGAAUAAUGUGACGGCCUUGUUCCUCUUCGGAGACUCUUUCUUGGAUGCGGGAAACAACAAUUACAUAAACACCACAACACUUGACCAAGCUAAUUUUCCACCUUAUGGUCAAUCAUUCUUUGGCCUCCCCACCGGAAGAUUCUCCGACGGUCGUCUCAUCUCCGACUUUAUCGCGGAAUAUGCGAAUUUACCGUUAAUUCCGCCGUUUUUGGAACCGGGAAAUAGUCAAAAGAAGCUUUACGGCGUCAACUUUGCGUCUGCUGGUGCUGGUGCUCUUGUAGAAACGUUCCAAGGUGAUAAAUUUGAGAACACAAUUGGAUCACUACAAGAAAGUGGGGAGAUUGUGGAGGACAAGAUUUGGNAUACACUUAAG